UUCCUUGCUCCGCAGAGUACCGCAAAGUGCCACAGAAUACUGUUCCAUAGAACAUCCCAUACGCCUUCCGUUGGCCUUCUGUAAGGACACCGAACAUGCAGCAAGAACCGCAGUCUGUAUCGCUGUCUCCUGUAGCAGCAGUUACAACAACAACGAGCACGGCGUCCACCGCAGCAGCCCCGUCGCCCUUCUUUUCCCUCGCCACGUGCUCCCCCCGGGAGCUGGCGGAGGCCCUGGUCCGCGAGCGGGGGAGGGAGGAGGCCGCAGCGAUCCUCGGGGGGGCCUCCGGGUGGCUCGGUUCGCUCCCCCUGCCCGUCGCACCCGCCCGUGUGGCUUCCGGCCCCGUGUCCCCCGAACUUGCACAGGGGACAAAGCUCCUGGGCCGGCCGCUCCUGGAGGAAGCCGUCGAGGUGUCCGUCCUGUCGCCCCGGAUGGGAAAGUUCCGGCUGGAGGUCCACGAGGACGGCCUGGUGGCCACCAAGGCCAGCGAUCCGUCCGUAUCCUUCUGCGUGGCGAGGGACCGGGCGUCCGGUCGAGGAAGCACCGCCGGGAGCUGCAGCCACGUCCUGGUCUUUCCCAAGCCGGAAGACUGCAAGAAAAUCGUCUACAACCGCAAGCACGCCUGCCACUCCUCCUCCUCCUCGCUUUCGUCGAAGACCCCCAAGAAGGUGGGGGCCGCCCUGGUGGUCCUCCACCUCUCGGCCCCGCUGGAAAUCCCCAAGCAGAAACGCCCGGCCACCCAGAUCUGCUUCGGCCUUCCCACCGAGGCCAAGAAGGGGCCGAUCGGGCCGGUCCCGGCGCAAGCCGGGACGAGUUCCGGAGACGAUCCGGCGGGUGCGUGGGCGGGCCUCCUCGGGAGGGCCCUGGGGGGAACCCUGGUCAGGGUGCUGCAAGGAGACACCGGAGGCCAACCGUUCUUCGAGAGCCACAACCCGCCCGGGACGUCGACGACGACGGCGGGGAUGCCCUUUGUCGGGUGCUACUCGGGGGUCAACGACGGGGUCCUCUUCCCCCUCGAAGAGGGCCUGCUCUUCUACAAGCCGCCGAGGUUUCUCCCCCGGGCCGUCCUCCACUCGAUCGCCUGCGGCAGGGGGGGGAGUGGAAGCGAUUCCUCGCGGUACGUCGACCUGGUGCUCAAGGUCACCGGGCAGGCUUCGGAAACGGCGGAAGGGGAGGCCUGCGUGGAAACCGUCGAGUUUACGAACAUCCAGCGGGAGGAGACCGGGGUCCUCAACGACUACAUCCACAACGUCUUGAUCCCCGCCAUGGCCUCCGAUGCCGACAAGAAGAACCGAACCGACCACGACGACGAUUGCGGCGGCGAGAGCAGCGGUGCCGAGGCGGCGGCAGCCGAUGCCGCUGCCAGCGACGGCGAAACCACCGAGGAGGAAGCUAGCGGCGGCAAAGACGACGACGACGACGACGAGGACUUUUUGGGCCCCGAAACCGACGAGAGCGAGGACGAGGCCGAUCGAGGCCGCGAGGGGUCCCCGUACCACUGCUACGGGGGGAACGACGGCGACGGAAUCGCGGAGGUGGUCGCCGACGACUUUGCCGGGGAGCUGGUCCGGAACAAGCGGAAGAACAGCGGGGGGGACGGGUCCUCCUCGACCGAGAGCGAGGACGAAAGCGAAGGCGGGGGGGGCCGGCGGCCGCGCUCGUCGAAGCGGCUCUUCCGCAGGGGGGCAUAACACAAAGCGCAUCGUGGUGCCACCACAGAAAUGGCAGGCACGCGGCAAUCACAGAAAU